AUGUCGGAAAUCGAGUUGAAAUCAUCCCACUAUGAAAUGCACUUGCUAGCACUAGAUUGUCAACCGGCGAAACUGUACGUGGGACGGUCAUUGGGAGCACUAAUUGUCAUAUGUUCGCUCACUGAUCUGCUGGACAUUGGAAGACAUGAAAGCGAACGGGAUACAAAUGAGUCUGUAAGCACAGAAUCUGGUAGUGGCGUUCAGAAUUCAGAUCUCACUCGACCGAAUAGUGCCGGUAGCUCACAACCUUGUCAGACUCCAUCCAUUCAAAGCUCAACUAAUUCACUUUCUGUCGAAGAACGACUGAAACGAAUUCGGGAGGCAGAUAAGCUUAAGCAGCAACAGAGAUACUGUGCAUAUAUUGAAACUCAGCGUCAGGCUGAAAUGGCUCGCCUGCGUCACCAGGAGGACAGAAGACGCAAAAUAGAAGAAAUGCGUCUCAAAGAACAAACUCGACGUCUUAAUGCCUCCGAACGACGUGCAGCAUUGGAAAUGUCCAAUCGAGCAAGGUUAGAGAGAAUUCGUCAGCGUUCAGUUAAUCGGUCAGGAACCAACUUGCUGCCACGUCAAAAUACUGCUCAGGAUUAUCCAAGUCGUACAACGAGCAAUUCUCCUCUUGGAAGCGCAAGGAACCCAGGUUGUCUGAUGACAACUUCAUGCGUGGUCGCUUUUGGAAGUAGCGCCCCACGCUCUAUAUUGAUUUCAAAUCGUUCGAACUCAUCUAGUGAGUGUGACAGGGUGGGGCGACCUAACCAACGCCGAAAAUUCACAACCAUAGAUGGCACUGAGCGUGUCACUGAUGCGAAGAAUAGGGAAAAUAAAGCUAAAGUGAAGAAUGCAGCGCCGUCGUCUUCGCAUUCUGCUGUAUCAGCGCGUUCCAGUUCUGCUGAGGGGAAUUCCAGACAAACGAAAAGACAAACAAAACCACAUUCAUCUGAUUGCACUCUGAAUUCAAAGAAAAUAUCACAGAAUAACCGAGAGACAAAGCGCAACGGAAACUUUGCUGUACCAUCCGUAAUGGCGAAAUCUGUGUCGAAAACUUUACCAUCGCGUCGCUGCUCCCCUCCUCCUUCAUGUCCAUCAAACAUUCAGGAAUCCGGAACAGCUACUGCUAGUUUUCCUACAGUGCCUCAGUCUCUGUCCCUUUCUGAAUCAGAAAUUAAGGCAUUUACUACAGAAGGUUUUUCAGAUGCUAUUGUUUCUUCUGACAAGUCCGCACCACCUGAUUCUUCCAAAGUUGUUGAUGUGAAGGAUGAUCUUUUGGCUUUCGCAUCUCAAGUUGGUCCAAUAAAAGCUGAAACUCAUGGGUCGGGUGAUGGUGUAGUUUUGUCCGAAAUGGAAGCCGCAGUUUAUCGUGCGAAGUUGAUUGAACAACGGCGCUUAGCCAAGGAACGAAGACAAAAAGAAGAAGAAGAAGAAAAAAGGCGCGUAGAAGAAGAAAAUCGUUUGCGAAGUAUGCAACAAGAGCAAGCUAGGUUAGCUGCUGAAGAAGAACUUCGGUUGAAAGAAGAACAGGCUAUUCGUCAAGCUGAGGAGACUCAGCGUAAAAAAGAAGCCGAAGAAAUUGCGAGGCUUGAGGCUGAGAAGGCUGAGCGACUUGCGAAACUUCAGCGGGAUGAGGAAGAAAGAAGUUUACGACGGAAGAAGCUGUAUACUAUCAUGUCUCGGGUUAAACGGUCAUCCAGUCCAGAAAAAACCAACGAUGUCCAGGAUUGUGAAAUCGAUAAAAUAAAUCAAAGAGUUUGUAGUGAUAUCAACGCACAUCAUAAUGAUACUGAUAUUCCGAUUUUCGACAGUACGCAAGACGAUUCAUCAAUAGUCAGAACAGUUGUCAACAAGAAGCUUUGUAAUAAUGUUGAGAAGACUGGUGAAAGUUCUUCAACAGACAUAAACCAUGAAGAAGAAUUAGAGGUUGAUAAUGCAACAUUGACAGUGGCAUCUGGCCAGAAUGAAACGCUAGCUCGAAAUCUAAUUACAAUGCCAUCACUUGACCCUGAUUCUAGUGUUACUCAAAAUACACCGGUGUUCAAAUCUGCAUUGUUGCAAUCUAUGUUGGCUAAAGGUCGUUUAUCCACCCACGUAAAGGAGGCUGUGGCAGGACUAAGACGUAAUGCAUCUCAAACUCAGGUUAAUAGCAGUGAAGACGAUUCUCCUCUUCAUUAUCCCUUGAUGAAUGCCGCAAACGAAGAUAUAGAUUCUGUAAUUAUGAAACACGAGUCCUCCAAAACUACAUCUGAAAACUGUGGUCUACCUCAUUUUAAUGGAUCAAAAUGA